CUACAGCAUCCAGCACAGCCAGUUGGAGACAUGGGGGCAGCAAUAUUUUGUCUCUACGACUCGCCUGUGACGAAGAAGACUACAGAGCAAAAUGGCUGCGCCCAUGAGUAACGUGGAGGAAAUUCGCAGUCGGGUAAUCUUGGGAGAAUUUGGUGUAAAGAAUGUUCACACAACAGAUUUUCCUGGAAACUACCCAGGCUUUGAUGACACCUGGGACAUGAAGCGAUUUCAGAAGAACUUCCGGAUUGACGUAGUGCAUCUGGAUGAGAACAGUAUGGAGUUUGACAUGGUGGGGAUCGAUGCUGCCAUUGCUAACGCCUUCAGGAGAAUCUUACUAUCAGAGGUGCCCACUAUGGCAAUAGAGAAAGUGUUCAUCUAUAACAACACAUCUAUAGUCCAGGAUGAAGUUCUGGCCCACAGGCUUGGCCUCAUCCCCAUCAAAGCAGACCCUCGUCUGUUUGAGUUCAAGAAUACAGGUGACGAAUCUGCAGAAGAAGAAGCUUCAGAAAUAGACACCAUUCAACUCCAGCUGAAGAUCAAAUGCAGCAGAAACCCCCGAGCCAGCAAGGACUCCUCGGACCCCCGAGAGCUCUAUCUCAACCACAUGGUUUAUUCCAAACACAUAGAGUGGGUCCCCAUCGGCAACCAGGCGGAUGUGUUUGCGGACUCCUGCAUUCGCCCCGUGCACGAUGACAUUCUGAUAGCACAGCUGCGACCCGGACAGGAGCUGGACAUCACCAUGCACUGUGUCAAAGGAAUUGGUAAGGACCAUGCUAAGUUCUCUCCUGUGGCGACGGCCAGUUACCGCCUUCUCCCAGAGAUCACCCUGCUGGAGCCGGUGGAGGGUGAGAAGGCGGAGCGCCUGAAGCGCUGCUUCUCACGGGGCGUCAUAGACCUGGAAGAAGUCCGGGGAAGAAAGGUCGCCAAGGUUGUGAACAGCCGACUGGACACGUGCAGCAGGGAGGUCCUCCGACACAACGAUCUGAAGAACUGCGUGAAGCUGGGAAGAGUUCGAGACCAUUUCAUCUUCACCGUGGAGUCGACGGGGAUCAUGCUUCCUGACGUUUUAGUCACAGAGGCCAUCAAAGUUCUUAUGGCCAAAUGUCAGACGUUUCUCAACGAGAUGAACUCUGUUGACAUGGAGUGAACUGACUUGGUUCCUGAACGCACCGCGGCGCCGGAUCAAUCUGACGGCAUCAAGAUCUGCUCUGAAAACAACUUCCAGGCUGAUGUGGUUCUGGUUGCUACACUUGUUUUUUCCCAUGUGCUCUGAGGUUGUUGUUUUUUUUUUCUUUAACAUGGUGGACUAAUGAGAUCAUCAUCCUGAUGAUCUCAAAUAUAUCAGCAUGAUGCAUUUCUCUGGACUACAGAGAAAUGCAUCUCUGUAGUCCAGAGAAAUGGAGACUGCAUGACAGAACACUGAGCAGAAGCUCAGCUUGGUCCCAGCAGGGAUAGAUCAUCAUCACUUAGUUACUGCUCUGAGCUUCUCAUGUGGAAACUGAAGUUUUCUCUAAACUGGUUAAGUUCAAGAUCAAAUGUUUUUGCAGAUUUAAUAAAAGAAAAAA